AGCUGGGAGGCGAGCGAGUAGAGGGCCCCCUGAGGGAGCAGCGGAGGUGCGGGUCGGAGAGGCCGUGCCCCGCGCGUGAGCAGCUGCAGCGGCGGCGGCAACCUCCAGCGGCGGCACCGGCGGUUCCAGCCCGUUGCUUUACUUUUUAGCUGCACGAGCACAGGCAUUAUGCCGAAGAGAAAGUCUCCAGAGAAUACAGAGGGCAAGGAUGGAUCCAAAGUAACUAAACAGGAGCCCACAAGACGGUCUGCCAGGUUGUCAGCGAAACCCACUCCACCAAAACCUGAACCCAAACCAAGAAAAACAUCUGCUAAGAAAGAGCCUGGAACCAAGAUUAACAAAGGUGCUAAAGGGAGGAAAGAGGAGAAGCAGGAAGCUGGAAAGGAAGGCACUGCCCCGUCUGAAAACGGAGAAACUAAAGUGGAAGAGGUACUGUGCAUAAAUACCUCCCACGGGCUGAGUCAGUGUCUUAAGAAAUUGCUGGCUCCUUCAGCUGCUGAUGGCAUGUUCUUAAAGUCUCUUUUCGUUGCCUGUGAUGUUAUUGCAGAUCCACAUCUAUCGCUCAACUGUUAGUGUCUCAACCUGCAGAGGUACCCCACCCCGCACACUGUCCGUAAAGGGGCAGAUUGAAACAGUGAGAGUUAAGGGUAUCGUAGAAAAUCCUGCAUGUUUGCAGUGACUAGAACCAGCUAGUGGUGUGCUGUUGUUUAUUAUGAGCCUUGGGAGCUUGCAGGGAAAGCGUCUGUGGUCGUUUGAAAAGCAGAAAGCAAUGAGUGCAGCAGAGCUUUUGCGUAAUACAUUCCUGCCUUGUCUGUUUUACACCCAGAGCUGAAGUAGGUUUUGCGGUGGAGGUGCUAAAAAACAGAUGUUCUAAAGUGUGUGUGUUGGUGGGGUGGACUUUUAUUUGGCUUAUAGUAGUUUUAAUAGUAACUAUAUCAUUGUUUUUCAUUUUUCCCCCCACAGGCACAGAAAACUGAAUCUGUAGAUACCGAGGGAGAAUGAAUUGUCAUGGAAAAAUUGAGAUUGAUUUUAUGUACCUCUUGGGACAACUUUUAAAAGCUAUUUUUACCAAGUUUUUGUAAAUGCUAAUUUUUUAGAACUCUAGUUGGCAUACAAAAAUAUAUAAGGAUGGACAUUUUACCUUCUCAUAAUACAUCUUUUUGGAAAUUUCCAUCAUUCUCAAGUGUAAUAAAUUUAAUAUUGGAAGCUGUGUGUAUAAUUGAUUCAGCAUUCCAUGCAUUUGCUUUAAAAAUAUAGUCCUGUGCAUACUGUGGUGUUUUUACUGUGCAUAUAUGCAUUUUUCAUGCAGUUUUUCUAGAGCAAUAAUCAGUGGUGCUUUUGUACCUAGGUUUAUGUGAUUUUAAUGAAACAUGGAUAGUUGUGGCCACCUGCUGACUAUUUGUGGUUUAAAAUAAAAGGUUUUCUUGCCUGCAGAAUACCUGCCUCUAAGUAAUGUUUUUACUAAAUUUAGGCAGAGUUUCAUUUUAUUGUUGCAGAAGAGAUAAAGAAUUUCUACAGUCUGUGCCCUGAGGGUAUCUCUAAUAAGUAAAAUAGGAUUGCUUCUGAAUUUUCUGGCAUUUAAAAAUGUUAUUAUUUUAAUAAAGUCAUCUGUGAGUGCCA